AUGGCUUCCCUUGAUGCUUUUCACAGCCCUUUUGGCUCAAAAUUGCAAAUUGAAGCAAUGCAGACGGUGAUGCCGACAAAGCCAACUGAUCCAAGACAAUCAAUUCAAGUCUGUCUUGAUGAAAAUCCAUGUUCAGGAGGGAUCCUCAAAAGGUGCUUCAACAUCGUUAUGUGCUACAAUAAGCCAAAUUCAGGGGAUGAAACCAGUGUUUCCUCCGGUUCUGUUGUUGCCGGAUGGAUUAAGGAAUCACUGGGAAAGGCAUUGUCGGAACAACCGUUGCUCGCCGGAAGGCUAAGGCCAAAACAACAUGAUGAUCGGAAAGGGGAGAUGGAGAUCGUGUCGAAUGAUUCAGGGGUUAGAAUGAUUGAAGCAAGAUACCCAAUGACCUUGGCAGAGUUUUUGGACAUAAAGGAGAAGAAAGAAACAGAGGAAGCUGAACUUGUGUUUUGGGAAGAUUUAGACAAGGAACAAAAUCCUCAGUUCUCCCCUUUGUUUUAUGUCCAGGUGACAGAUUUUAGCUGUGGUGGAUACUCAGUUGGGAUAAGUUGUAGCCUUCUUCUGAAUGAUCCAUUUGCCAUGAUUACUUUUCUCAAGAGAUGGACUGAUACUCACAUUGAAAUGGUCUCCAGAGCUGAUGCACCCAAAAUACCAAUAUUUUAUCGUCCCAAUCUCAGGCAAAAGCAAAACAUCCAUUCUUCUGCUCUUCCAUUUGGCACUAAUACAAAACCAUCUUCUGGCCAAUCUGUAAUCUUCAACAUUUCCUCAGAAGUUUUGGACUUGGAAAGUGACAUCCACAAGAAAUUUGCAGACAUCUACAUUGAUGAAGCAGAGCAGAAGCUCGGUCAGAAAACGGGUCCAAACUUGAAGGUGUCCUUGUUGCUGAAAGAAGGAACAAAAUCAGCAAAAGAUGUUAAAGUAAGGAACUUUACAAAAGACACACUGAUUCAGAAACCAUCUGUGAUUAUCAGUGGUUCUAAAAAUUGGGAUGAUUUAGGGGUUAAUGACAUAUGUUUCCAAGAAGGAAACAAACCUGCUUCUGUGUCAUGCUGGAUCAACUCUGUCCCCGAUGAAGCCCUCGUGAUGAUUGUUCCUUCCGUUGAAAAGUAGAAUAUGACUCAGCCAAACUGACAAAGAGUCCCAAUGGCCUUAACUGACAUUGAUGAAGCAGAGCAAAAGCUAGGUGAAAAAGCAGUUCCAAACUUGAAGGUUCCUUUGUUGAUGAAAGAAGGAACAUCAUCACAAAAAAAAAAAGAACUUUACAAGACUUACUGAUUAGAAGCCAAUCAACAAACAUGUAGUUCAGAAACUUGGAAUGAUUUAGGGAUUAAUGACAUAUGCUUCAAUUAAGAAGGAAACAACCCUGCUUAUGAUAUGCCUGUUUAUUCCUUCUCUUGAUAAGAAUGAUUUAGAAUGAAAAUUGUAGUCAUUCUUCCUGUUUCCUGGUUGUAUUCAAUCUUUGUCCCCUAAUACUUUAAAUUAGUUCAACAAUCAUUGGACCUUUCCAAUGCAUGGUAAUAUGUG